AUGAAAGAAGAAAUCCCAACUAGCUAUUCAAGUAUGGAGAUGGAUGGUAAUACUUGUGAGAAGGAACUUGAUAAUACAGUCAAUGUGGAAGAAAAAUUAGAAGAGCCAAAAUUGGGAAUGGUGUUUAAUAUAGUUGACGAAAUAAUGGAGUACUACAUAAGAUAUGGUAAUGACCUAGGGUCUCCCAUAAAAAGAAGAACAUCGUCAAAGGGAGAUGAUGGAGAGCUAAAAUAUGUAACAUUUGCGUGUUCUUGCUCGGGAAAGUCAAAGUCUACAUCAAGAAUGCAUCCAAUCACCAAAACUGAUUGUAAAGCUAAGUUGAGAGCAGCUAUAUGUCCUGAUGGCAAGUGGUGA